AUGUGCCACAUAUUGAGAGACAGUAAGGAAAAACUCAUUUUAAAUUAUAUUGAGGUCAGUACGCAUAAAAGAGAGAGGAUAGAACAGAAAGAAGAUAAGGAACAGCCACCUCAUUCACCAACCCCAAUAUCUUCUCCUGCCGUACCACCUGCACAAUCAGGCCCUUCAUCUCUGUCAACUGUACGACCUUCUCAUCCAGCUAGUCUUGUGCCACAUUUGCUAUUACAAAAACUCCUGCAGCAAAUUCCUGUGUCAUCUGGCAAACAAUCUCCACCACCCCCAGCACAGGUCCCCUCUGUAUCACAUGCACAGCCAGGACCUUUAUCUCCAUCAACUGUACAACCUUCUCAGCCAGCUACUACUCUACCGGAACUACCAUCACAAAUAGUUCCACAGGAGACUCCUUUGCCGUCUGGUAGACCACCACCUCCAACCUCACCACAACCGCUUCCUGUAUCACCUGCACAAUCAGGCCCUUUAUCUCCAUCAACUGUACACCCUUCUCAUCCAGUUAGUCCUAUGCCAGAAUUGCCAUCACAAAUACUCCCACACCAAACUCCUUUGCUACCUGGUAGACGACCUCCUCCACCCCCACCACAGUCCCCCCCUGAAUCACCUACACACCCAGGACCUUUAUCUCCAUCAACUGUUCCACCUUCUCAUCCAGUUAGUCCUGUGCCAGAAUUGUCAUCACAAAUACUCCCACACCAAACUCCUUUGCCAUCUGGUAAACAAUCUCCACCACCCCCACCACAGAUCCCCUCUGUAUCACAUGCACAGCCAGGACCUCUAUCUCCAUCAACUGUACAACCUUCUCAACCAGCUACUGCUCUACCAGAACUACCAUCACAAAUAGUUCCACAGGAGACUCCUUUGCCGUCUGGUAGACCACCACCUCCAACCUCACCACAACCGCUUCCUGUAUCACCUGCACAAUCAGGCCCUUUAUCUCCAUCAACUGUACAACCUUCUCAUCCAGUUAGUCCUAUGCCAGAAUUGCCAUCACAAAUACUCCCACACCAAACUCCUUUGCUACCUGGUAGACGACCUCCUCCACCCCCACCACAGUCCCCCCCUGAAUCACCUACACACCCAGGACCUUUAUCUCCAUCAACUGUUCCACCUUCUCAUCCAGUUAGUCCUGUGCCAGAAUUGUCAUCACAAAUACUCCCACACCAAACUCCUUUGCCAUCUGGUAAACAAUCUCCACCACCCCCACCACAGAUCCCCUCUGUAUCACAUGCACAGCCAGGACCUCUAUCUCCAUCAACUGUACAACCUUCUCAACCAGCUACUGCUCUACCAGAACUACCAUCACAAAUAGUUCCACAGGAGACUCCUUUGCCGUCUGGUAGACCACCACCUCCAACCUCACCACAACCGCUUCCUGUAUCACCUGCACAAUCAGGCCCUUUAUCUCCAUCAACUGUACAACCUUCUCAUCCAGUUAGUCCUAUGCCAGAAUUGCCAUCACAAAUACUCCCACACCAAACUCCUUUGCUACCUGGUAGACGACCUCCUCCACCCCCACCACAGUCCCCCCCUGAAUCACCUACACAACCAGGACCUUUAUCUUCAUCAACUGUACAACCUUCUCAACCAGUUACUGCUGUACGAGAACUGCCACCGCAGAUAGCCCUUUAUCUGCAUUAA